AUGGCGGCCCGGCGGCUCCGCGGGGCCCUCCAGCUCGGGGCGCGGCAGCGCCUGCGGGCCGCGGCGGCCCCGCCCGGAAGGAAGGGCCCCAAGGUGCUCCUGGGGCUGCCGCACGUCCCGGCGCUGCCGGUGCCACCCUGCGCCCCCCGCUGUGUCCCCAGGCACGCGUUCCCGUGCGGGCUCCGCCCGUCCCGCCCGGCCCGGCCCGUCCCGGCCUGGGAGCCCCGAGCUCAGCCCAGCCGGGGCUUCCUGAGCCUCAGCAACAAACGCAAGGAGUACUCGGAGAGACGGAUCAUCGGGUACUCCAUGCAGGAGAUGUACGACGUGGUGGCCAACGUGGAGGACUACAAGAACUUCGUGCCCUGGUGCAAGAAGUCCGUGGUGGUGUCGCGGCGCCAGGGCCACCUCAAGGCCCAGCUGGAGGUGGGGUUCCCGCCCGUGCUGGAGCGCUACACCUCCAUCGUCACCCUGGUGCGGCCCCACCUGGUCAAGGCCGUCUGCACCGACGGGCGCCUCUUCAACCACCUGGAGACCAACUGGCGCUUCAGCCCCGGCAUCCCCGGCUACCCCCGCACCAGCACCGUGGAUUUCUCGAUCUCCUUCGAGUUCCGCUCCCUGCUGCACUCCCAGCUGGCCACCGUGUUCUUCGACGAGGUGGUCAAGCAGAUGGUGGCCGCCUUCGAGCGCCGAGCGGCCAAAAAUUUCGGGCCCGAGACGCGAAUCCCGCGGGAGCUGAUGUUCCACGAGGUGCACCAGACGUGAGGGACGGAGCGGGGCCCGCCCCGAGCCCAAACCCCCCCAAAAAUAUUUAUUCAACCAAG